AAAGCAGCUCUGUAAGUUUAUUGAUAAAUAAUCAGCAUGGCUGCAAAGAACUGUAAUAUCGAUUAUUUUUGGCGAAACUACAAUGGAGAAAUUCCUGCCGAUGCCUAUUCUCCAGGAAUUGAUGAAAAAGGUGUAAUAACUUAUAUUGGCCAGGCGUUCAUAGAAGAAAGACCUGGGGUAUAUCCUACAGCAAUACGACCAGGAAAACCCAUAAUCACUUCCAUAGAUGGACCAAGAGAAGUCAGCAAUUUUGUACAGAUCCUGUGUACCAAACAUGCUGGAUGUUUCAAAUGGCUCCAAACUGAUGCUACUAAUCUUCACAAGGUCACAAAAAACCACCAUCCUAUUAUAGCGGGCAUAGAAGAAGGGGGCCAUCUAUACAUCGGCAAACUAACAAAGGACGGUGAAAUGAUCAUUGGAAAAAUCCUAGCUGGCCAUACGUUCAAUGCUAUGAUGUGGUUUCCGCACAAAAAUUGUGAGCAUUGUGCCAGUUCUUUUGAGGUUCUGAUUUUUGACAGUGAUAAUUUCGAAAACGUGGACUUAAAAUAAAAUAUAUUUUAAGUUUAUGAACGUAGCUUAUCGCUUAAGUAUUACAGUAAGUGAGUAAAUAUGAAACAUUCUGGAUGUUAAAUUAAAUAGUGUUAUUGUGGUAUUAUUAUCUUAUAUUAUACCUAUAUAGUGAAAAUAAAUAGUAUUAUUAUCUUAUAAUAUUAUAUUAUACCUUUUAUAUUAAGUACGCAAACCCAUGUGUACUACGCAAACCCAUGUGUUCACUGUUUACUAUUAUUUACCAUUUACUAUUAACCAAUGUUUGACAUAUUCAGCAAAUAUUUCGAUUGCUUUUAAGUUUCUAGAGUAUAAUUUUUGAUUCAUUAUCUUCAGCUGUUUUAUAUUUCAUUAAAAUGUUUU